ACAUUUUUUAAGUCAUAAAAAGAGUUACCUUAUAUGAAGUAUAUAAGAUACUAGAUACUCACUGGUAAACAAUGAUUUUGGUGAUUAUCUAAUUAUUAAGACCACGUGUGUGCGGAAAAGAUUAAAAUAUUGAUUUUAUAAAAUAUUGAGUAAAUUAUUUUGUAAAAUUAUAAGAAAUACAAUAUACUCAAACAAUGGCUGCCGAUGAUGCUAUGGAAGGCAAUAAGCUGGCAGAAGCAGAAUUACAAGAGUUUUUUAUGGCUGAAAAGCAAAAGGCACAGAUUCAAGCUCAGAUCCACGAAUUCAAUGAUAUUUGUUGGGAAAAGUGUGUUGAUAAGCCAGGAGUCAAAUUGGACAGUCGAACAGAAACAUGCUUAAGUAAUUGUGUUGAUAGAUUUAUAGAUGUUUCGCUUUUAAUUACAAAUCGUUUUGCACAAAUUUUACAAAAAUCUGUAGGAAACAUGUAAUAUUAAACAAAUUGUGCUUAUAAUAGUUGCAUUGUCAUUACCAAAUAUAUUAAAUAAAGCUCUUUUUAUCUCAUUUA